CAGGCGUGGUGCUAGCCCCGCCCCCUACCCCACGGGGGCUCCUGAUUGGUUGCGGGGUGGGGUGAGCGCUAAAAACAAACGGCUCCGGCAGGGAAGCGGCUGGGUUAAUAGCAGAAAACUGAAAUAAAAUUGGGUUAUUUUACUGACUGGAGCUGAUGGUUGCGUAGUGGUUGGGAGUGCCAUGCAGUCCCAGCCUCGGCCCAGCAUGAAGGAGCAUCGCCAGCCCGACACCCCUGUCCCAGUCCGUGUCUGUGUCCGUCUGCGCCCCUGCAGCAAAGACUCGGAACCCUGCAUUCGUGGCCUGGACUCGCGCUCCCUCGAGCUUGUCAACUGGCGCAAUGCUAAGGAGACUUUCAAGUACCAGUUCGAUACCUUCUACGGGGACACAGCCACCCAGCAAGAUGUCUACUGCAGCUCUGUGCAGCCCAUCCUGCACCACUUGUUGCAGGGGCAGAACGCCAGUGUGCUGGCCUAUGGGCCCACCGGGGCGGGGAAGACGCACACCAUGUUGGGCAGCCCCCAGCAGCCUGGUGUGAUCCCUCGGGCUGUGCGUGACAUCCUGCACAUGGUGCGGGAGGCUGGCUGUUGGCCUGACGGGCACAACUGCUCCUACUCUGUCUCCAUGUCCUACCUGGAAGUCUACCAGGAAAAGGUGCUGGACCUCCUGGAGCCAUCAGGGCGGGACCUGGUGCUGCGUGAAACGCCAGACCACAGCAUUAUGGUGACGGGGCUGACAGAGCGGGAGCUGAGCAGCUUCCACGACUUUGAGAAGCACUUCCUGUCGGCCAGCCGCAACCGCACCGUAGCCUCCACAGGUCUCAACAGCCGCUCGAGCCGCAGCCAUGCAGCCCUGGUACUGCGCGUGGCCCAGUCUCGGCCCCUGGUCCCCGCCCGCAGCGCCAAACUGCAGCUGGUGGAUCUAGCGGGCUGUGAAGACAACCGGCUCACUGGCAACUGUGGCCUGCGCCUGCGUGAGAGCAGCGUCAUCAACACUUCGCUACUCGUGCUGGGCAAGGUGGUGGAUGCCCUUCGCCUCGGUCAGCCCCGUGUGCCCUACCGCGACAGCAAGCUGACCCGCCUGCUCCAAGACUCGCUGGGUGGCUCGGCCCACAGUGUGGUCAUUGCCCAUGUCGCCCCUGAGCAACGCUUUUACUUUGACACGCUCACCACCCUCAACUUUGCCACCCGCUCCAAGCAGGUGGUCAACAAGCCCUUUGCCCCCGAGGCGCUGCCCGAGCCAGCUGCCGAGAAGACUCUGCAGAAGGAGAACAGCGGCAAACAGAAGCAGUCUACCAGCAAGGAAGGUCCCCUGGUUGCUGAGAAGCCCCUUGGUGCACUUCUGCCCCUGGACCAGCUGGAGCCCAGCCUAGUGCAGCGCGUGCUGCGCCUGGAGGAGCUGGAGCGGCAACAAGGUGCCGGUCACCGGGGGCUGCCCCUGCUGGGCACCCCCAAGGCCGAGCGGAAGGCUCUGCUACGCUGCCUUGAGGAGACACAGGCCGAGUUGGAGAAGAUGAGGCAGCAGCAGAAGGAACUGGAAGCUAAGGAGCUGCUGAGAGCUGCCUCUAUGCCUGAGCCUCCACAGGCUAUCAUUCUGCCCAUGCGGCAAGUGCCGAUCCCCCAGAAACGGGCCCCACCUACGGAAGAUGAAGGCAUCUUGGUCCUAAAGAGGAGGUCAGGUCCAGGUGGGACAGAGAAUGCGGUGCCCAGCUGGGAGCUGACGCGGUGCCAGGAACUCACGGUCCGGGGCCACCAGAAGCUGCUGGAGUUGCUGAACCACGGCAGCACAAGGGAGCUGCUUUCCUUGAAGCGCAUUGGCCCCAGGACUGCUGAGCUAAUCAUGGCCUGGCGUGAGCAGCAUGGGCCUUUUGUUACGCUCCAGGACCUGCAGAGGAUGGAAACGAUGACAGCCAAGAAGGUGGCCACUUUAAUCAAGGCCAAUACUCUGGACUGCAUCCAGAUGCUCCUGCCACCGGGGCCCUCUGCCCUGUCCUUAUUCAGUUAAUGCCAUGGCCUGGCCCUUGCCUGUGGGACUAGCCUUUUUUUCUGGACUUCUGGUUUUUGCUAGGGCAGCUCCAGGGGCCAGAAGCAGGAGCUGGAGCUGCAGUUUGAGCCAGCACCUUAGGGUGCCAACUGCACAGGACACCAUGCUUACCUCUGCCAGCCUGUCCAUGGUGAGGACUUGCCUGCAGGACGUUUUCUCACUCCCAGUGUUCCCAGUUUUGUAUGCGAUGGAUUUUAAUAAACCUCCCACUUGCUA